CUUUGAGCUUACUGAGCAAGGCCACGCCAGAGUGACUCGCCCCUAGUAAGGGUAGCCCACCCGGAGCCCUCCAAGGCCCAGGGAACUCUAAAGGAAGCCCACCUCUGCCAGUGCAGGGCGCUUCCUCAUGUGGGUCCCCAAGACCUCCUGCCCUAGAGACCACGGCUUUCCCCAGGAUAUAGUGUCCAGAGAGAAUGGAGGGCCCAUGUGCAGGGCUGACCUUUUCCCCGCCUCAGCCGGGGGGGGGGGGGGUGGGAAGAAUCCUGAGUAAGAAGGUGAUGGGUGUUGAGGAAGGAGCACUGAACAGGGGGUGGUGCUCCUGGGUACUAGCGCUUCCCUGUGUCCCUCAAGCCCUGUCUGGUCCCUGGGUUUCUCGUCUCUCAAACCAGGAGCUUCCCGAGAUGAUGGCUGAGUUUGUUCUCCUUUCGGCACUUUGUGGCCCUCCGGGCGCCUCUGCGUCAGCCUGCAGGCUGGGUCCCAGAGGAUGGAUACUCUCCCCGGAAGCUUUCAGGCUGGAGCAGAGCUGGGGCCACACCCACCCAACACAAGGGGAAGUGGUUCCUGCUCAGCAGAGGAGAGGGAGGGAGAAGAGGGGCAGCAAAGGACUUGAGUGACCCCCUGCCAUAUGCCAGGUCUUAUAUGUCUUAUUACUUUUGCCAAUUCAUCAGUGUUGGCAUUAUUAUCCCCGACUUAUAGGUGAGAAAUCUAUAACUCAUCCAACCUGUGAGAGUCAGAAGUCUGGCCUUUCCAUGUACCCUGCUGCCUUUUCUGAAAAUAAGUGCAAGCAGAUGGGUUCGGCCCUAGAUCCGCCCACUGUUAACUGUAUGAGCCUGAACACGGCCCUCUCCACCCCAAGGUCUGAAGUCCCUGCCUGUAAAAUGCGGACCGUUGUUGUGAGGCCUAAACCACACAGCCCGCAUGAAGUGUUCAGGCUCCUCAGGGAGAAGCACAGGCCUGGGACAAGGUCGGUACACAGUGAGUGGUGCAUUCGUAAACACACGUUAGUGAAGCGUUUUGCAAAGAGAUAAGUGCUGUCCCACUGGGGAGUGAUUGCUUUCUCCCCCAGAUGAACCGGGUCUGGCUUUUGGCUCUUGUCCUGUGCUACCUGGGGUCCUGCUGUGACUGCACAGUGAGGCAGACCUUUCCCAGGGCCAAGAUGAGAAGCCUGACUCUACCCCAAAGUGACUGCAGGCCUGAACUCCUGCCUGGCCAAGAGUCUGGGCAGGGCAGGCAGCCUGUCCUGACACCCAAACCCUUGGGGUGUAAACCUGCCCCAGGCACUCAGAUACAAAAAGAUUCCAUUUCCCCUGCUGGGAACCUGCCAGCCCUGCCUGUUCAGGCAGACCCACCCCUUGGAGGAAGCAGACAGCGCAGGGGGAGGGGAGGAGGCUUAGCACCAGCCCUACAGCCUGCUCCCCUUGCAGUGCCCCUCCCUGGGGAAGGGCAGGUCCCGCUGGUCCCACCAGCAGGGGACGCCUCAGACCGGAUGGCAAAUUAGCAGUCAUGGAUACAUUGCCUUUGGACUAUAGUACCUGCCUAUUUGUCUAGCGGUGUCUGGAAGUCCCACUCAUUCAACAACAAAAAAAAAUGUUUGAACUUCUGUAUAAUAAUGUGCCAGGAGCAGGGGAUUGAAAGCUGUGGAGGUUGCUGGAUGCUGAGCUCACAGCCUCUCAAGUGACAAGGACUAUGGAAUCAGAAAGUGGGCGGACAACUUCGUGGCCCCAGGCUGCGGAGGGAGCCAGGAGCACAGCUUCCAGCAUCCCUUCCUCCAGGCAGUGGGCAUGUUCCUGGGGGAGCUCUUCUGCCUGGCUGCCUUCUACCUACUCCUGUGCAGAGCUGCAGGGCACCCAGACACCAGCAUGGAUCCCCAGCAGCCCUUCAACCCCCUUCUCUUCCUGCCCCCAGCCCUCUGCGACAUGACCGCGACCAGCAUCAUGUAUGUGGCCCUGAACAUGACCAGUGCUUCCAGCUUCCAGAUGCUGCGGGGAGCAGUGAUCAUAUUCACAGGCCUGUUUUCGGUGACCUUCCUGGGACGGAGGCUGGCACUGAGCCAGUGGCUGGGUAUCCUCGCGACCAUCGCAGGGCUGGUGGUCGUGGGCCUGGCUGACCUCCUGAGCAGGAACGACAGUCAGCACAAGCUCAGCGAAGUGAUCACAGGGGACCUGCUGAUCAUCAUGGCCCAGAUCAUCGUCUCCAUCCAGAUGGUGCUGGAGGAGAAGUUUGUCUACAAGCACAACGUGCACCCACUGCGGGCAGUCGGCACUGAGGGCCUCUUUGGCUUCGUGAUCCUCUCCCUGCUGCUGGUGCCCAUGUACUACAUCCCCGCCGGUUCCUUCAGUGGAAACCCUCGCGGGACGCUGGAGGACGCGCUGGACGCCUUCUGCCAGGUGGGCCGACAGCCACUCAUCGCGCUGGCGCUGCUGGGCAACAUCAGCAGCAUCGCCUUCUUCAACUUUGCCGGCAUCAGUGUCACCAAGGAACUGAGUGCCACCACCCGAAUGGUGCUGGACAGCCUGCGUACCAUUGUCAUCUGGGCAGUGAGCCUGACGCUGGGCUGGGAGGCCUUCCACCCGCUGCAGAUCCUUGGCUUCCUCAUCCUCCUGACGGGCACAGCCCUCUACAAUGGGCUGCACCGCCUGCUACUGAGCCGCCUGUCCAGGGGCCGGCCCCCGGCAGAGGAGGGCGAGCAUGAGAGACUGCUGGGGGGCCCUCGGACUGCCAUCAACGAUGCCAGCUGAGCCUCCUGCUCUGCUGCCACCUGGACGCUCCUUGUUCACCCCGAGGCUGAGGCCACGUGGGCUGGUGAACCUCAAAUGCCCUGCCCCCGAGGCCUCGCCCUGCCCCCUCCCCACAGACACCCCCCACCCACCCAGGGCAGCUGCUGCCACAGAAGAUGACACAACACCCAGGUCCUCCUUUGUCACCACCCCAUUCAGGCCUGAGUGCAGUGCCCGACCCCCAGCAGGCUUCCCCAGCCCCUCCUGCAACACUAGAGCUAAAUCAUGGAGUAGAAUUGCAGGAACCAACAGCCCUAGGGUUUCCUCCUAAAUCAUAGGCUAAAUAUGGUUCUCCCAAGAAGAGAGGUCACUGAGCAAAUUAUAAUAGAACUAAGCACCACAGUUUCUAAAACUUGUAAGAUACUCCCUAACCCUGCCUGGGAACGGAGGUUUCAGCCAGGGCCUUGCCACAAACUCAGUGUGUGCUCCCCAGCCCUGUACCUGGUCACUCCGGGCCUUGGCGUCCUGCUCUGCAGAAGGUGUCCACGGUGUGGCUUCCGUGCCUUUGGGCCCAACUGGGCCCAUUCUGCAGGCCUGUGGUUUUGACCAACCUGGGGAAGGAGUGACAGCCCGUUGAUUGAAGAGGCCCCCUGCCCACGGCGCUCCUCCCCACGCCUGCUCUGGCGUCCUUGCUCACACCUUGAAGUCCUCCCCACCUGGGAGAAGUUACAGGGGGAUUUCAGGGCAGCCCUUGAUAAUAGCUUUUAUGAACUCUUCACCUUCCAUUUUAAAGAUGAGCAAACUUGAGUCCCAGAGUUAUAAGUUGUUUGGCAAAAGUGCUCUCCUGCCACGGGCUCUGGCCAUGCAGCCACACGACCAGGCAGUCGGUUGGCUUGUAGAGCACGUCUGGGGUUCUGCGUCAGCCCCAGCAACCCGACAGACACCAUGGAGAACCCUCCAAGGUGGUGGGUUUACCGGGAGUCUACCGUUGGGAGUGAUGCUGGUAUCCCAGGCGUUAUGUUAAGUGCUUAGCUUUCAUUCUCCUGCGUAACAGCCUGCACAGGUGGAUGCAGGUGAGAAAGGUGUGGCCCAGAGAAGGUCAAGUGACUUCCUCUUGGAGCCGGUAUUUCAAGCUGGGUUUGCCUGAUUCCAAACCUGUGGGCCCACUUACCAUAAAGUCUCUGAGAUCUUUGGGGGUACUUCCUGUGGCUGGGAGAGAGGCAUCCUGUGCUGUUAUCCUCCCAGUAACCCCACCCUGAAGAGAGGGGCCUGGCAGCAGGGACCCCAGGUUGCUGAGUGGCCCUUUAUUCCAGUGGUCCUCGCUCUGGCAGAUCACUUUCCUGGGCAGCUCAAUCGUGAAACAAAUACCGAAUGCCUUCCUUAGAAUAGAUCCUGGGAGAAGGGAUCUCUGACAAGCAAAGCCCUCGGGCUGUGGGAAUCCAGCAGGUUCUUACCGUCGGGAGAGAAAGGCCUCUCCAUCCCACCAGCUCCGAGUCUCGGGGGGCCCUGACCUCCUCUGGGCCGUGGUGUGUGUCACAGGAAGAAGGAAAUGGAGAUCGAGGGUGGUGCGUCCAAAAAACUGGGGCCUUACAGUGUUGUUUCAGGCUUUUUAUUUUUAAAAAGAAGAGGGGAGUUGGCAGUGUGGACUUUUUUCUUUAAUAAGAGGGAAGGAGCACAAGGGUUAGGACAUUCCUGGAGGUAACGUCUAGAACUUUGGAUGGAAAAGCUGUAAGGUACCAAAGCAUAGAAAUCACAUGUGGAUUUUAGCAUUAAAGGGUUGGGGGGGAUUAUAAUGGGACUUCAGUGGUGAGAGGUGGCAGAGGAUGGGGAGGGCACGUAUGGUCAGGCCUGCCACCCACUCAGGCAACUUGCUUUAUCUCCUGGAGCUUUGGGUCUUCACAUCUCUAAAAUGGGGAAGCCUGCAUCUCACAGGAUGGCUGUGAAUAUUACCUGCGAUAUAAAUGGAAGGUGGCUGUAAAUGCCAGCGUACAGUGGAGCGUCCUGCAAGGCGGCACUGCCCACUAGGGUGGCCUGUCAGGCAUUGAAGUCCCAGCAGAGCCACGAUGUGGAGCAUCGGUUUUGCUCAGAGGGGGAGAAAUGUUUUGUUAGAACAUACCAUUGUGGAGUAGAGUGUAAACUUCGCAUCGAUUAUAAGAUAAAACAGGAUGCCUCAUAAAAUUUUUAUGUUGACCCUAAGUACCCUUCCAGA